AAGCUUCAGCUGUGUUUAGUUUCGUAACAACGGAUUUUAUUGUUUGAAUGUGGUGUGGCUCCGAGACCGACUGUUCCCGUGUGCCAUUUAAUCCUCGGCAGUGCGGGGGGGGGGGGGGGGAUCAGCAGCAGCAACAUGGACCCCUCCGAGCCAGAAGGACCGGAAGCCGGUCUCGGGCCACAACGGAGUCCCGAACCCGAACUUUCUGCAGCGAUGCGGGCUAAAAUCGAGCGGAACAGGCAGCGGGCGGUGAUGCUCCGCCAGGCGCGACUAGCGAGGCGCUCACUGGCCGCCGUGGAGGGGGCCACCGCGGCCAAGAUCUCCAAGACCAUCGACUCGGGCGCAGGCUUCUUCAUCGAGGAGGAAGAGCACGGCGAGGAGGAGCAGAGGACCAGGAUGGUGGUGCAUCAGCCAGCCCCGGUCAUCGAGCCGGACUACCUGCUUUGCGAUGAUUGUCAAAAACCCUUCAUGGACUCGUACCUCAGCAACAGCUUUGACCUGUCCGUCUGUGAUAAGUGCAGAGACAACGUGGAGAAGCAUAAACUAAUCUCCAGAACGGAGGCCAAGCAGCACUACUUGCUGAAGGACUGUGACCUGGACCAGAGAGAGCCUCCACUCAGGUUCACACUGAAGAAGAACCCUCACAACCCUACCUGGGGAGACAUGAAGCUUUACCUGAAACUGCAGGUGGAGAAGAGGUGUUUGGAGGUCUGGGGUUCAGAGGAGGCUCUGGAGGAGGCCAGAGAGACGAGGGAAGAGAACCGAGAGACACAGAAACAAAAACGCUUCAACAAGAAGGUCAAAGAGCUGCGUAGGGCUGUGAGGAGCAGCAUGUGGACCAAAGACACCAGUGUUCACCAACAUCAGUACGGGCCAGAAGAGGUGGUGGAUCCGGAGGAGGACCUCUACAAGAAAAGCUGCACCACCUGCGGACAUGAACUCACCUACGAGAAGAUGUAGAUACUCGCGCACGACACUUCCUGGUAUUCUGUGCUUUGAUGGGAAACGAAUCCUCUCUCCGACGCUUGGUGCCUACAGCAGUGUUCUAUUUCUUGGAUUUCUACUGGUAUUUAUUAAUAAAACACUCAAGGGGCUAAAAUCAAUCACCUGUGUGGCACUUACACUCCGUUUGGAUUUCUGUGGUAAACUGUUACUGACUUUUGCAGCGUACAGAAAUGACCUCUGACAAUGGGCAAAUCAAGGAAGGCGCAAUAUUAUAACUUAAAAAUACCAUUUUGCGUUAAUGACCAGUAUAACUACAACUUUUUAGAAAGAAAAUACAUUGAGACGUUGGAUUCCAUUUUUAGGAUUUCAUGUUUUUAUGUAUGUUGAGCUUGACUUGACUCAACAGCAUAAGUUCUAUUUCCGUUCUUUCACCAAUUACUCUAUAACAUACAUUUCCAAUUAAGACCUUUUUAUUACGGCCGGGACUUUAGCGCGUUAAUUACUAUUGAUUAAUUACAAUGUGAAUUAAGAUUAAUUAAUUAAUUACACAAAAAAUAACACAUUAAACAUUUUUUACGCAUUUUUACACUUAUUUUUUGCACCGCGGAACCCACACUGCACCAGAUGACUGGUUUAAGGACCAGGGUAACUAAGUCCACGUCGGAAAAAAUAACCAAUGUUCUGAAUGUACUUGAAAGUAUUGGUCUACUUAAAAAAACAUAGUUUACAGAAGGUCUACUUACCUAUAGGCUACCUGAAUUUCUGAAAGUACUAUAUUUCUAAAUAUGCUAUUUCUACACUUGUCUGCUGGAAUUGGUUGAACAAAAAUAAAAAUCCAUGUGAAAAA